UACACUGCCCUAUGACAACACUUUGCCUGAUGAUUUAAGCCAUCGUUCUGGCACCGCUGGUCAAUUCCAGCCAAUUGGAUGUGAGGACGAAAAAGACAAAGACCGACUUCUCUCUGAACUCGAUGGAAGCACAGAAAUGAAAUCAUUGAGUUCUAUUCUGUUAUCUGAUUCUAGAUCCUCAUUGAUGGAUUUGGCAAGCCGAGCAUUAGAUUUGAAUCAAUUCAACAAAAACUGUGAUGAUCACAAACUUCAGCGCUCAAAAAGCGAGGACCAUACUUUCAUGAGGCCCCAGAAUCGCAGUGAAGACGUCCCUUACAGACCACGAAGUCGAAAUGAAGACCCUGUCACUAGUAGAUGGCGUAACCAACCUGAAGAACAGUUGAAAUCUGAAGGUGCUGGCAUUUUCCGAAAUCCAAACCUUGGAACAAGUCCGGUGAGAACAAAACGAAAACACCGACCUGCGCCACUUAUCAUACCGCCAUAUGUGAGCAAUAGUGGUUUUCAGAGUAGACUCAGGUCCCCACGGGUACGUGAUGGAAAUGAAGUCCGCACUCUUUCUCCUCCUCCCUAUACACCUCCCCCCAUGCUUAGCCCAGUCCGAAGUGGACCUGGUCUGUUCUGCAAUAUUCAAACAUCUUAUCGACCUGUUUCACCCAGGUUAAGCUCAAAUAUGAGUGCCCGCCUACCAAUCUUAAACCGACGAAUUUCAUUUACCAAAACAGCAAGUAUUGGAACCCCAUCUCAAGAAACGCCAGCCAGUGAUGAAACGACAGAAACAGAAGCACCUCCAGAAACAGAUAUAUUACCACACGUGAAUAUUGGAUCAAAUUACCAAGCAGAAUUACCACAUUUUACUAGUAAUCGAUUUGAAGUUUCAAUGUUGGAAUCAAAAGAGGACCUUUUGUGGCAUCCAAGAAUACUGGAUGAUAAAAAUGAAGAAGAUGUCCAGUGCUACCAAAAUCUUGCAAGUUCCUCUGCUGUUAAAGGAAAUGGAUCAAAUGUUGAGUAUGCCAUGCACCUUCUGUUCAUAGCACGAGGAGAUAUUCAGAAUGCACUGCUAAUGUUGAUGGGAGAUGUUCCUAAACUGCCAAAGAACCAUCCUCUAAUGUCAUUUACAUAUCAAGAGAAUGACGACUGGACAACAGAAGAAAUUGAGGCUUACAAUGCAGCGUUGAUGAAAUGUGACAAAGACUUCUUCAACAUCGCAAAAGUGGUGAAGUCGAAGUCUGUGAAGCAAUGCAUUCAGUUCUAUUAUUUGUGGAAGAAAGUUUGUCCGGAUGAAUAUAAAAGGCUCCGAACAAUUCGUCGUAAAAAGGAAAGUGAAGCUAUAUACCGUCUAAGAAACCAGCAGCGUGAGGAAUCCAAUACCGAAGUCCCAGAUUUUAAGAGCAAUCUAAAAGAAACAGUUGAAAGAACAACUGAGAAUUUUGAAAUGGAGAAUAAAAACCAAAUAAACUCUUCAUUUCGUUGCGAUUAUCCUGAUUGCAGUCUUAUAUUCAACUCUAGACAGGUUUUAAAUAACCACAUGAGAAUUCAUGGAAAAACUGUGAGUAGCAACUCUACAAGAGUAGAAUCAGUGAUGACAUCCACCACGUCGUCACAACAUACAACAGCAAACAGUGCAACAACCAAUUCUGCUCCAACACAAACUGUUCCGGUCAUUGAUUAUCCUUGUAAACUGUGUGGAAAGGUAUUUGCUAAAAUCAAAAGCCGAUGUGCACACAUGAAAAGCCAUGCUGAAAUUGUAAGAAAAGUUGCCAAAUUACAAGCUGCACCUGAAGAUUGAGUCUUUGAUUUACCAUUCCUUCAGCUGGAUAAGAAAAUUUUAACAAACACAAGCACAAUUCUUGUUUGUGUGUGCAUGAGAAAAAGAGAGAGAGAUGUGUAUAAGAGUUUGUGUGAAUGUGUAUGUAUGUGAGAUGUCUUUCUGGACAUAUUUCUCCAAUGUAAAUAUUGAUGUAUAUUCAUGUUGCCAAGCAUGACCUAGUGUGCAUUUUUAUGUGUGUAUGUAUGUAUGUAUAUAUAUAUAUAUAUAUAUAUAUAUAUAUAUAUAUAUAUAUAUACAUGUGUGUUUAUAUAUAUAUAAUAUGUAUGUAUAUGUAUGCACACGUACAUUCAUACAUGUGUGAGUAUGCAUGCAAUUCAUU